AUGAAACACGGGGGACUUUCCGUUAUUAUCGACGCCUGGCCAGCACAUCUGGCUAUCUUUGACAACAGCCCACCUGGCGCCGCCUAUCCGCACGAGCGCGGUAAACCCUACGGCCUCAUGCUCGCCUACUUUCGCUGGAAAAACGUAGCAAACGACAAGUUUUGGCUCGAAGCGCUCAAUGACGCCCUCGAUCGUAUCCGAGCUGUAGCUGAGAAAAGCGGGUCGACGUCGAAAAAGCCACCGUACUACAGCAACUUGUCAUUGGAGACGUUGUCAGUAGAGAGCAUCUACAGAGACAAUAUGACGUGGUUGAAGAAGGUGAAAGGGAAGUAUGAUCCUACCAAUGUCAUGGGACGGUGUGGAGGCCAUAAGAUCCCUCUCCCAGCCGAUCUUCCAACUGAGGAUAAAGACGGCGAUGAAGAUGAGGACGAUGAUAAAGACGAUGAUGUUAUACUUGAUGAUGACGAAGAUGAAGAUGAAAAUGCUCAGCUUUGA